ACUGAAGAGGAAAGUCCAAUUAAUAAAUCUUCUCCUUCAGAGUUUCUUCUCCUGGAAUUCUCAGAGGUUUGGGAACUAAAGAUUCUACAUUUUGUGGGGUUCCUUGUCUUUUACUUGACAGCAUCAACAGGAAACAUUCUCAUUGUCUGUGCAAUAACUUCUGACUAUCACUUGCACACUCCUAUGUACUUUUUUCUGAUGAAUCUGGCCAUACAGGAUGUGGGACAAGUUUCUGUCAUUUUCCCCAAAUCCAUGGCCAAUUCUCUUAUGAAUGACAGUUACAUUUCCUAUUAUGGGUGUGUCACUCAAGUUCUAUUUUAUAUAUUCUUUAUAUCAUCUGAUUACUCUCUUCUGACAGUCAUGGCUUAUGAUCGGUAUGUUGCCAUUUGUAAUCCUUUGAGGUAUGAGAUGGUGAUGAAUAGGCAUGCUUGUCUUCGAAUGGUUACUGCUGUAUGGAUUAUUAGUUUGUUCUAUGGAGGGUUACACACGGUAGGCACCUUUGCAUCCCCGUUUUGUUCCAAUGUUGUCAAUCAGUUUUUUUGUGAAAUCCCACACUUACUUAGGCUUGCCUGCACUAAUUUGUACCUGAUUGAAAUUGGAAUUCUUCUGCUGAGUGCUGUGGUUGCAGUAGGCUGUUUUGUGUUUAUUAUUGUAAGUUAUGUGCACAUCUUAACUGCUGUCAUGAGAUUCCCUGCUGGACAGGGAAGAAAGAAAGCAUUCUCAACCUGCCUCCCCCAUCUCACUGUUUUUUCUGUAUUUAUAUUUACUUCAUAUCUGUCUUACUACAAGCCUGCCUCUGAUUCCCCAUCACCACUCGAUUUGACAGUGACUAUGAUAUAUUCCAUGGUUCCACCCUUGAUGAAUCCAAUCAUCUACAGCAUAAGAAACAAGGAGAUCAAAAAUGCUCUGAAAAAAUCUCUUGGGUUUGAGGUUCUGUCCUCAAACCCUCUGUGUUUAGUUCAGUAA